GUGCGCAUGCGCAUUGCCAGCUCAGCUGACAGCGGUCAGAUGACGAUGGCUGACUCUGGAAGUAGCAAAGAAGUAGCCGUGAUUUGCAACACCGACAUAACUUCAACGGAAUCAGAGAACAACAUCAUAAACACGAUGGUGGAAAGAGGUACUGCCCUGCUGAGAAAAAUGGAAAUAAGCGUAGGAGAGGCAGAUAAAAGGACAGGGAAAAACWCAGUUAAUAUGCAGGAAACCUACACUGUCUACCUCAUUGAAAUACGGCCAGCUGAAUCUGUCCCUGAAGGAGGUACGCCGGCUGCACCAGACACUUUGUGGAGGCGCUACAGUGAGUUUGAGCUGCUCAGAACAUACCUCYUGGUUACCUAUCCCUACAUCAUCAUUCCUCCACUGCCAGAGAAGAGAGCUGAGUUUGUGUGGCACAAGCUUUCUGCAGACAACCUUGAUCCAGAUUUUGUGGAGCGACGGAGAGUUGGUCUGGAAAACUUCCUGCUGCGUGUUGCAUCACAUCCUGUCUUGUCCAACGACAACAUUUUCUUCCUCUUUCUUACAGAGGAAAAGGGAUGGAGGGACGCAGUCCUAGAGACAGGUUUCCAAGAUAAGGUGGACUCCAGAUUAAARUCUUUGAGUGCCAUGUUACGAGUCAAGAACCCAGACAAGAGAUUCACGGCACUGAAACACUACAGUGAUGAUCUGAACACUGUCGUCUCUCAGUUACUCAGAGUGAGAGCGCGAGUGGCAGACAGACUGUAUGGGGUUUACAAAGUCCAUGGUAACUACGGCAGAGUAUUCAGUGAAUGGAGUGCAAUAGAAAAGGAAAUGGGAGACGGGCUGCAGAGCGCUGGCCACCACAUGGACACGUACGCUGCAUCGAUAGAUGAUAUUCUUGAAGAAGAAGAGCACUAUGCAGACCAGCUGAAAGAAUACCUUUUCUACACUGAUUCUGUCAGGUCGGUGUGUCGGAAGCAUGAGUUGAUCCAGUAUGAGCUGGAGAUGGCAGCUCAGGACCUCGCCUACAAAAAACAACAGAAAGAAGAGCUGGCAACCGGGGCUGUGCGGAUCUUUUCUCUAAAGGGAAUGACCAGUAAGUUAUUUGGCCAAGAGAGCCAGGAGCAGAGGGAGAGCAAGAUGGCAGCUCUGGAACAGAGCAUCCAAGAAGGAGAGGAAGUCAUCAAGGAGAAGAACGCAGAGUGCCAAGAAUUUGUGAAAAAAGCAUGGAACGACAUCGAGCGUUUUAAGGAGCAGAAGGAUAAAGAUUUACGUGAAGCGCUAAUCAGCUAUGCUAUUAUGCAGAUUAGCAUGUGUAAAAAGGGAAUCCAGGUGUGGUCCAAUGCCAAAGAGUGUUUCAACAAAAUGUGAGCCACUUUAGGUACCAAUCACACUCCUCAUCAAAGCCGGCAGUCUUUCAGAUUCUACAGACUGGGACCAUCAGCUGCUUGUUGUACUGCAGUCAUGUGGAGAAAGGCUGGGAGCCAAAAUACUGCCCCCAGUUUGCUUACGGUGACAAUAAUCCUGCCAACAUUUCUUUGUAUUUCCUUUUCCUCACCUAUUCAUUUAUUUAAAAAAACAGCCAAAGUGAUUAACUCCAUGCUUUAUUGAUUAUUUUUAAUUGGAGUGGUCCAAGUGUGGGACUUUGAAAUUCUCCUGAUGUACUGCUGACAAACCAAACUUUAAGUUCUGGUGUUUAGCAGCACAGUGAAAUUACAACGCAUGACUAAUUUUGAAGAAUAAGAUAUAAACUUACAGUUUAAUGACUAAUCAUGAGAAGCUGCAUGUUGAUGAAGCAACCUUAGACAAACUAUAAAACAUGCAGUUGUUUGCUGAUUGUGGGUGGAUGCACUCUCAGUAUGACUAAGCAGCAUUAAGUUUGUAUUUGGGAUUGCUUAGGUUUGCUCUGAAACUGAAGUGAUAAAAAUGUUUGAUUUUCCUCCAAAAUCCUACAAAAAUGGCUAAACAAUACAUUAAAUGUAACAUGAUGUAAUAGAAAUUGGACCUUUUUACAGAACUUCAUCUUUAAAAACCACUACACUACAUUUUUAAAAUAACUUUUUUUCUUUUUCAUACAUCAUUUUGAAAGCUGACGAGUGAUUUUUAUGGUACAGAUCACAAUCAAGGACUGACAAAUGUUAAUAUUAAUAUUCACUUAACUUGUGGCUACUGUUUUGUUCUAAAAAAGAGGAGAAAUAAGCAAUUGUAGCCCAAAAAAACGGGGUUUGCUUAAUUUUGGUACCUGUGUUAACUUCCAUGUAUUUGGAGUACAAAGUGCAGCCUUUAUUUAAAACAUAAACUUUGCCUUUUUUCUCAGAUGGAAAACUCUAUAGCCUUAAAACUACCAAUGAUGUUAAAAAAUAAGCAAAUAAAACCUGCCAAACAUCUGUUCACUGUUAAUGUGCCUCAAUUUUUUUGUGACCAAAAUGUAGGAACUCCUGGUUUUAGAUCUUUUCAAUUAGUUAAUGAUAACCAACACCAUAAAAGCACUUAUUUUCAGAAGCAUUAGAAGAAGGUAACGUCGUUAAAUGGAGCUGACAUCUGAAUGUGCCGAGACAGAAAACCACAAGUUUCUGUUUGUCUUUUUUUUUAUUUUAUUUCAGAAUUAAUUGUUUACUAAAAUGAUCAGAAGCUAAGGCAUUGUAUGUUUUUACAGUAAAUGAGUCAAAUGUUAUGAUUCUGCUAAAGCUCUAAUAAAUUUGUGUGAAUGAC